ACGACAUCGUUUCGUCGCUGAGAAGUGAGAAGCUCCCCCCUCAAUCCCUCUCUUCCUUUCCCCCCUUCUUUCUGCCACAAGCGCCGGUGAGUCGGUGCCACUCUCGCUGAUUCUAUUUUCCUUCCUUCACCCUUCGCCGGUAACGGUAACCCUUUUUCUUAUUUUUCUCUUUUUUCCCUCGCCAAUUUUCAGCCAACCCCCCUUCCACCACAAACGAAAGGGAAAAAAAAUCUUUUUUUUUCUCCACCGAAAAAUCAUAAACAUCCAAAACCCACCGGGCUAGUAAUUUGGGGCGAAUCAACCACGAUCUUGGUUUCUCUCUUUUUGAUUUCUGGAUGCGCAAUCACCGCGAGCUAGGUUUUCACAUCUGAAUUGUUUCAGAGCAAAAUUUCAGUUUUGAUUAGGUUUAGUUUUUCGCUUUCCCCGUUUUUUGGGGCGUAAAUGGAUUCACCCGAGGCGAAGAGCGAGAGAGUGGUAGGAGAAGAAGACGACUGGGAAAUUAGCGAUAGGAAAAAGCAUAGGUCCAGUAGGUCUAGGAGGUACGGAAACGGUAAUGGUGACGAUGUUGAAGAGGCUGCGGCAGUUUCCGACGGAAGUGGCAGGAGGAGGAGUAGUUACGGCGACAGGGUGGAGACGAGGAAGAGGUCCAGUGGCUCCAGCAGGGCCGAUAGUGAUGAGAAUCACGAUUAUGAUUCGGCGACGCGGAAGGAGGCACGGUCUUCGAAGCAGUUAAAGAAGAGGCAGGAGGAGAGCACUUUGGAGAAGCUCAGCAGCUGGUAUGAGGAUGGAGAAUUGGAUGGUGGCGGCGGAGGAGGGGAUGGUAAGGCUGGAAGGAAGAGUUCUUCCUCCAAGCAUUUAGAGCAUGAUGGUUCUUUGAGCAGGAGUAGUAGGGGUAGAGAGGAUAGGUCUCGUGGUGGCGAGGAGAAUGAUAAGGUUGAUAAGGAUUACAGGUAUUCAGAGAAGGGUGAUGGUGGCAGGGAGAAGGGGCAAGGGUCUUCGGAGCAGGCAAAGAGUUCUAGGAGAAAAUGGGAUGAAGUGGAUCCUGGUCGGAGAGCAGAGGAUGGCUAUUAUGAGAAAGUUGAUUCCAGAAGUGGUAAGGGUUCUGAGAGUAAGCGCGAGAGUUCUAGGGAGAGGAGUGGAUCUGGUAGGAAUGAGCAUGGAGAGAGUAAAGGUAGGGGAGCGGAUUCUGGUGGCGAGAAAGUUGUGAAAUCUAAUAGCAAAGAGGAUAGAAGAGCUGCUUCUGAAAGAGGUAAGAGUAAAGGGAGGUCGGGUUCUGUAGAUGUUUGUCAUGAGGACAAGGAUAGAAUUGAGAAGCCUAGGCGCCAAAGAUCGCCCACUGGUUAUGAUGCAGCGGAAAGCUGGGAUAGGCCUUCAAAUGCAGAUGACGAUGGAAAUGUGAGGGUUAGGGAUAGGGAUAAAAGUAGUAGAGAAACAGGGAACUCGAACAGAUUGAAGACACCUGAGAGGAGCGGUAAACGCCAUCAAGAUUUGGAGAACUCAGAAAUGGAUUGCGAAAGAAGUGGUAGCUUUAAAAGAAAGGAACUUGAAAGUGAUGGCUAUAAGGAUGACAGAUCCAAAGGAAAAGAUGAUUCGUGGGGUGAUAGGAAGAAGGAUAGGGAAAGUUCUAAAGAAAGUUGGAAGAGGAGGCCUCCAAAUGAUGAUAGUGGUAUCGAUCAGAACAGAGAAUGGGAUUUGCCUAGACAUGGUUAUGACAGGCAUGACAGUGAAAGGCCUCAUGGCAGAUCUGGUGGUAGAAAGGAUAUAAACAGGGGGGAAGCUGUCAAAACAUCAUCGAAGUAUGGAAUCUCGAAUGACAAUUAUGAUGUGAUAGAGAUCCAAACCAAGUCCUUUGACCAUGUGAAAGGGAGAGCUGAAGCUAAUCCACCAUACAAUUCCAAAUCAGGUGCUAAUGAUGAAGACUGGGCAUAUCAACAGGAAGAAAGAGGUAGAAAGAGUGAUUUACCUGGUGAAGAUCCAAAAGAGAGGUAUGCUGAUGAUGACUAUGAUUCUCAUGGGGGAAGAGGAAGAGGUCAGAAAGGCAGUGUAUCUGGUCGCAGUAGUGGUGGACCAAGUUCUAGUAGUGGUGGUUCUCAGCCUCCAUAUGGAAGCAUAGAGUCUGGGUCCUUCAACAGAGCUGUUCCGCAAGGAAUGAAAGGGAACAGGGGUGGCAGAGGAGGAAGGAUUAGGCCUACUGGGAGAGACAACCAGCAGGUCGGAAUGCCAUUGCCAAUGAUGGGAUCACCCUAUGGACCUCUUGGCUUGCCUCCACCUGGUCCAAUGCAGCCUCUUCCCCAUGGUAUAUCACCUGCUCCCGGUCCUCCAAUUUCACCGUUCAUGUCACCAUUUAAUCCAGCUGUUUGGCCUGGAGCUCGAGGUGUUGAUAUGAAUAUAAUGGGUGUUCCACCUUCAGUGUCUCCUGUUCCCCCAGGACCAUCGGCCCCAAGAUUUCCUGCUGCUAACAUGGGGAAUCCACCAAAUCCUGCAAUGUUUUAUAAUCAAUCGGGCACUGGAAGGGGAAUGCCACCGAACAUUGCUAGUCCUGGUUUUAAUCCUACAGGACCAAUGGGUAGAGGAACACCACCUGAUAAAACUCCAGGGGGAUGGGUUCCUUCUAAAGGCAGUGGGCCUCUUGGUAAAGCUCCUUCCAGAGGUGAGCAGAAUGACUAUUCUCAAAACUUUGUUGAUACUGGUAAGCGCCCACAGAAUUUUAUUAGGGAGCUUGAGCUCACAAAUGUCGUUGAGGACUACCCAAAACUUAGGGAGCUUAUACAGAAAAAGGAUGAGAUUGUGGAAAAAUCUGCCUCUGCUCCAAUGUAUUACAAGUGUGACCUGAAGGACUUUGAACUGUCUCCAGAUUUCUUUGGAACAAAGUUCGACGUCAUCCUUGUAGAUCCCCCAUGGGAGGAGUAUGUGCACCGUGCCCCUGGUGUUGCUGACCAUACUGAAUACUGGACAUUUGAAGAAAUAAUGAAUCUCAAGAUUGAGGCCAUAGCAGAUACACCUUCUUUCAUCUUCCUUUGGGUGGGCGACGGUGUAGGCCUUGAACAAGGCCGUCAAUGUCUCAAGAAGUGGGGAUUUCGUAGGUGUGAAGAUAUAUGUUGGGUAAAGACAAAUAAAAACAAUGCAACCCCAGGACUGCGACAUGAUUCACAUACUUUAUUUCAGCAUUCAAAGGAACAUUGCUUGAUGGGCAUAAAAGGAACUGUUCGCCGAAGUACGGAUGGGCAUAUAAUUCAUGCUAACAUUGACACGGAUGUAAUUAUUGCUGAAGAACCUCCCUAUGGAUCUACACAAAAGCCUGAAGAUAUGUAUAGGAUUAUUGAACACUUUGCCCUUGGAAGGAGGAGGCUAGAACUAUUUGGUGAAGACCAUAAUAUCCGAUCUGGUUGGCUGACUGUUGGUAAAGAACUUUCUUCCUCAAAUUUCAAUAAAGAGGCAUAUGUCAAGAACUUUGCCGACAAAGAUGGAAAAGUUUGGCUGGGGGGUGGAGGAAGAAAUCCACCUCCGGAGGCACCUCAUUUGGUGGUGACUACUCCUGAUAUAGAGGCUCUUAGGCCCAAGUCACCAAUGAAGAAUCAGCAACAAAUGCAGCAGCAAUCUGGACCGAUUUCAUUGACGACCCCAAGUGUGUCAAACAGAAGGGCUGCUGGCAAUUCCCCGCAGAAUCCGACCGUGCUGGGCACAAGCCAAGAUGCGUCCAGCUCCAACCCUUCUACUCCAGCUCCUUGGGGUUCACCUCUGGAGGGCUUUAAGGGGCGCGAAGGCUCUGUAAUGCCUCCAGAUGAUAAAGUAUGUGAUAUCAUGUAUGGGUUUCACGGAACAGCAACAGCAGGCUAUCUAGAUUUUGAACCAUACAGACAAAUGAAUAUGUUGUAGCAUACCAUAAGUUGCAUGUUGAUGUCUCCUGCAAAUUUUUUUGUCCCCGCCAAUUUAAUGGGAAAAUUUUUCGCAUUUAUUGUCGUUUAAUUCUUUUGGUUAGCUUUUGCUAUUGCGAUGUUAAAAAGGAAAAGUCAAGUUGGAUUACUGUAGAAGUAGUAACAUUUUUUGUAUCAUUUAAGAGAACUGUAAUUUUAA